AUGGGGAGGAUCCCAAGGCAAGAAGCCACUAUCGUCUUCAACACCAGCCCUUUGCAUUCGACGAGCAGCAGCAAUGCCACUUUCCUGGCCGCAGAGGACUCCGACAACGGUUUCAAACUCGAGUACGCUGGCAGCAACACCGAUAUCACCGACGUCGCUACAUGUACCGACACCGACACCGACAGCGAACCUGACAGUGACAGCGACGGUUCCUAUAUUGAUAUCUCAUCGAAUGCAGAACGCCCUGAAGACUGGACAACAAAAACGUACUCGACCCUGAAGUCGCUCGUGGCCGCGGCAAAAGGCGGAGUCUCAAAGCCCGUCGUUCAGUUCAUCAAGAAACAUCUCAAAGGCACCAAACUCAUCUUCGUCGUCGGCCAGACUGGGACCGGAAAGUCCAGUUUGCUCAAAGAGCUUACCGGCCAGGACAUCAACAUCGGCAAGAGCCAUAAAUCCGGCACGGAGGAGUACGAAGUCUGUCCAGCCGUCAUCGAUGGAGAGCAAUACCUGUUUGUUGACACGGCCGGGUUCGGAGCCGGUGAUAGGAAGGACUUUGACAACUUUUUCGACGUUGUGACCUGCUUGGACGCCCUUGCUCCAUUCGUCACCAUCGCCGGCCUUAUUUUUGUCUAUGGUGGCACCCAGGAGCGCAUGUAUGCCCACGACCUAACGACAACCCAGUGGGUCAAGUGCUUCUGCGGUCCCGAGUUUUACCAAUACAUCACCAUUGUGACGACUAAGUGGGAUAUGUUGCAGCAGGAGGCCUUCACAGAAGCCUGGGAGAGGUUCGACGGCGUCGUCAAAGACCCCGUCGUCGCAGAUAUCCUCAGCCCAGCCCCCGCUGGCACAAAGCGCUAUCAUCCGGGUUCGGUUUACCACCACGGCGUCGUGAUGGACGACGCCAACCUCGGCACGCCACUGAGAUGCCUUCCCAAAACAACCUGCGCCAACGAACGGACCAAGCGCGCGAGAGCCAUGAUCAUGAAUCGUUACAGUACACGGCCAGAGGUCAAGCCCCAAAUCCUCCGGCAAAUGGCAGCCGGGGUGCUCUGGUACGAGACCGAAGCUGCCAAACUUCUCAGAAACAGUCAUCUCGCCAUCAAACUCACCAUCGUUGACCACUUCCUCCGUGUCACGGUGAUUCCAGACAAGAAGCCCGCGGAACUCACCACAAAACCCAAGAGCCGAAGAACCGCCAGCACCCUGCCGCCUGCCCCCGCCUUCCUCGCCCUCCCUCCACCAGACCCAACCCCCGUGACGGAGAAACCCGCCAAACCCAGCGCGAAGCCCAAGGUUCGCAAAACCACCAGCACUCUGCCGUCUGUCCCUUUAGUACUCACCCUCCCUCCGGCGGCUAGAUCAGAGGACCCUUGGACAGAGAAGCCGAAGCGCUCGUGGUAUUCGCGGAUCUGGGACUGGCUUGAGAAGGCGAAAGAGCUGGCCUUCUUUUUCCGACGGCAGAAGAGGGCUGCUUCGAAUACAGAUUAA